AUGGCGAUUUUAUCACAAGCACAUUCGAGCUUUAAGACUCAAGCAAAUGCUCUUCUCCUAAAGAACCUUACUUUCCAGAAACGCAAUUACAAGACGAAUCUAAGGCUUAUCGCAUUUCCGUUCAUUCUAUGUUUGCUUCUUGUUGCCAUCCAAGUGAUUGUAGACAUAGAACUAGAUAAAGAUGAGUUGAAAUGUGGUUGUACUUGUAUUGACACAAAUGGAGAUGUUGUUCAUUGUCCAAUUUCUAAUCCACUGGAGUGGCCUGCUUUGUUGCAAGUACCUCGGCCUGAAUAUCGUGCUGUGAGAAAUGAUCUUACUCUAUCAACAGACUUGCCUCAUGAAUCAUGCAAAAGGACAGGUUCCUGUAAUCCAGUUUUCCUUGUAACCGGGCUUAAUCAAACUCUUGGACAAAGUUUGGGGGAGAACUUCUUCACUGGUGUUUUCAAUUUGAAUGGUUCUGUCGACGUUAUUGAUGCUUUAGCCAACAGUCUUGGAGGGUCAGACACAUACACUAGACGUACCAAUUUUAUCGACCCCGCAGUCCUCUCUCAUCGUCCAUUGUACAUAAUUCAAGCUAAUUGCGCAAACUUCUCCACGAAAAAUGUUCCUAUGGAUAUAGCUUCGAUUCGAAUUCCACAGGAGGUAAAAUGUGUACAAGGUUCAAAUCUAUGGCGUAAUAGUUCAUCAUCAGUAAACGAUGAGUUGUACAAGGGAUACCGGAAAUCAAAUCCAGAAAGCAAAAUUAAUGAGAUUGUUGCAGCAUAUGAUUUCUUAAACUCAAAUAAUAAUAUCUUCAAUGUGAGCCUCUGGUAUAACUCCACCUAUACAAACACCCCAGGCGCCAGUAUGGACAAAAGGAUGGCACGCGUUUUACGCUCUGUGAAUCUGGCUUCCAACGCAUAUCUUCAGCACUUGAAAGGAUCUGGUGUAAAAAUGUUGUUAGAUUUCGUUAAAGAAAUGCCAAAACAGGGAUCCGUACUCAAAUUGGAUUUCUCUACUCUUCUCGGCGCACUCUUCUUUUCAUGGGUUGUAUUGCAACUUUUCCCUGUUAUAUUGACAUCUCUGGUUUAUGAGAAACAACAAAAUCUAAGAAUCAUGAUGAAAAUGCAUGGGCUCGGUGAUGGUCCUUACUGGGUGAUAUCUUAUAUGUAUUUCCUUUUGCUAUCAGUGGUCUACAUGAUGUGUUUUGUGGCGUUUGGGUCUCUCAUAAGGUUGAAAUUCUUCACGUUGAACGACUACAGCAUACAAUUCGUGUUCUAUUUCAUCUUUAUAAACUUACAGAUUUCAAUAGCUUUUCUAGUUGCAACGAUUUUUGCAAAUGUUAAGACUGCUGAAGUAGCAGGCCAUAUCUGUGUGUUUGGAUCGGGGCUCUUAGGAGGUUAUCUUUUUCAAUUUUUUGUGGAGGACGAUUCCUUUCCAAGAGGAUGGAUUAUCGUUCUGGAGAUUUUUCCUGGCUUUGCUCUCUAUCGCGGGUUGUAUGAGUUUGCCCAGUUUGCAUUCGUUGGGAAUUCAAUGGGAAGUGAUGGGAUGCAUUGGAAAGAUUUGAAUGACGGCACAAACGGAAUGAAAGAAAUCUUAAUUAUCAUGCUCGUGGAGUGGUUGAUAGUGCUUUGUUUUGCGUUUUAUUUGGAUCAAGUUACACACCCUCUCUUUUUUCUGAAAAAUUGGAACAAAAAGCAUUCAUCAUCAUUUCGAAGGCCAACACUACGGAAGCAGGACUCAAAAGUUUUUGCAGAUGAGAUAGACAAACCUGAUGUUUCUCAAGAGAGGGAGAAGGUUGAGCAAUUAUUGCUAGAGCCCCAAGCAAGUCAUGCAAUUGUCAUUGAUAACAUCAAAAAGGUUUAUCCAGGGACAGAUGGAAAUCCUGAUAAGUUUGCUGUUAGAGGGUUGUCUCUUGCUUUGUCUCCAGGGGAAUGUUUAGGAAUGCUCGGUCCUAACGGUGCUGGAAAAACCUCUUUCAUUAGUAUGAUGAUUGGGCUAAUAAAACCAACCUCUGGAAUGGCAUUAGUUCAGGGCAUGGACAUACGAACUGACAUGGAUAAAAUAUAUACCAGCAUGGGCGUAUGCCCUCAGCAUGACUUGCUCUGGGAAAUUCUAACAGGUAGAGAACACCUUAUGUUUUAUGGAAGACUAAAGAACCUCAAAGGUGCUGCUUUAACACAGGCCGUGGAAGAAUCUCUGAAGAGCGUAAACCUAUUUCAUGGAGGCAUGGGUGAUAAACAAGCUGGGAAAUACAGUGGUGGAAUGAAGAGGAGGCUUAGUGUUGCAAUUUCUCUAAUCGGCAACCCCAAAGUUGUCUAUAUGGAUGAGCCUAGUACGGGGCUGGAUCCAGCUUCAAGAAACAAUCUGUGGAAUGUAGUUAAGCGUGCUAAGGAAAGCCGCGCUAUUAUUCUUACAACUCAUUCGAUGGAAGAGGCAGAGGUACUAUGUGAUCGAUUGGGGAUCUUUGUGGAUGGAAGCUUACAGUGCGUCGGAAAUCCCAAGGAGUUAAAAAGAAGAUAUGGAGGAUCGUACGUGUUUACAAUGACCACAUCUUCUAAUAACGAUGAAGUGGAAGUGGAGAAGUUAGUCCGUCGACUCUCUCCAAAUGCAAACAGAAUCUACAACAUGUCCGGAACCCAGAAAUUUGAACUGCCUAAGGAAGAGGUAAGAAUCGCAGAUGUUUUUGCAGCAGUUGGAAAUGCAAAGAGAAAGUUCACGAUAAAUGCUUGGGGUUUAACAGAUACCACCUUAGAAGACGUCUUCAUUAAGGUCGCUCGAGGUGCCCAAGCAUUCUAA